AUGUCUGCUGGAGGAGAGAAAUCCAAGGCCCAGACUGAUGGGAAGGCAGCUCAGAACAAGAUGUCUGAGAUAGGCAUUAUUUCCUACAAGAUGUCUGUGUACGACCAGGAGAACUUCCAGGGCCACUGUACUGAGAUCAGCAGCGAGUGCACGAACGUGGGUGACAUGGGAAUAGAAAGGGUGCGCUCCCUGCGUGUCGAAAGCGGACCCUUCGUGGGGUUUGAGCAGAUGAACUUCUCUGGUGAGAUGUUCAUCCUGGAGAAGGGCGAAUACCCCCGCUGGGACUCCUGGAGCAACUGCCAGACUAAUGACUACCUGCUGUCCUUCAGGCCUGUCCGCAUGGAUCCCGAUAAGCAUAAGAUCUGCCUGUAUGAGGUCGUAGAGUUCAAGGGUCGUAAGAUGGAGAUCAUGGACGACGAUGUCCCCAGCCUGUUUUCCUACGGUUUUACCGACAGAGUGGGCAGCAUCAUGGUCAGCUGUGGAACUUGGGUGGGUUAUCAGUUUCCCGGCUACCGUGGCAGCCAGUACCUGCUGGAGAAGGGGGAUUUCAAGCAUUUCAACGAUUUCGGUGCCCGCAGCCCCCAGCUGCAGUCCAUGAGGCGCAUCCGCGACAUGCAGUGGCACCCACACGGCUGCUACACCCUGUCCUCCGACUGA